GAGAGAGAGAGCGUGUGAGAGAGAGAGAGAGAAAUAGAGCAUAGUGAAAAGUAUCUGUAAAAAAGGGAAGCAUUUUUGGUGGAUUGGGUCAAGCCAGCCAUGGAAACUACACCAGAAGAGAACCAAGACCAGAACCAAGACACAAAACGUAUCAGUUGCUUCGAAUGCUGCAUCAAGUGUUUGGGCGGGGUCCCCUACGCGUCACUGGUGGCGACCAUCCUCUGCUUCUCCGGUGUAGCCCUGUUCUGCGGCUGUGGCCAUGUGGCACUGACUGGCACGGUCACUAUCCUGGAAACCCACUUCUCCAAGAUCACCUCUGACCAUGCAGUAUUAACGGAUGUAAUACAGCUGAUGCAGUACAUUAUCUAUGGAAUCGCCUCCUUCUUUUUCCUGUAUGGCAUCAUUCUUCUGGCAGAAGGUUUCUACACCACCAGUGCUGUCAAGGAGCUUCACAGCGAGUUCAAGACCACCAUCUGUGGGAGAUGCAUCAGUGGAAUGUUUGUGUUCCUGACCUACAUCCUGGGCGUGGCCUGGCUCGGUGUGUUCGGCUUCUCCGCUGUUCCCGUCUUCCUCUUCUACAACAUGUGGUCCACCUGCACCGCCAUGAGGUCACCAGUGGCAAACAUCACCUCCGUGGACUCCAUCUGUGUCGAUGUCCGUCAGUAUGGUAUUAUUCCUUGGAACGCCACACCUGGGAAGGCCUGUGGAUCCACGCUGGGCGAAAUCUGUAACACCAGUGAGUUCUACCUGUCUUACCACCUGUAUAUUGUAGCGUGUGCUGGGGCUGGCGCCACUGUUAUUGCACUGAUCCACUUCCUCAUGAUUCUCUCUGCCAAUUGGGCCUACCUAAAGGAUGCGAGUCACAUGCAUGCGUACCAAGACAUCAAAACCAGGGAGGAGCAGGAGCUGCAAGACAUCCAGUCCCGCUCCAAGGAAUGUCUCAAUUCCUACUCAUAAGGAUUAUACCCCUCCCUCACCCCGCUCUCCCCUGCCUUCCGUCCUCCCUGGCCACGUCUAAGCGCCGGACCAAGAGAACUCACGGCUACUAUAACCGGGCAACCGCCCUCACGCAGCACAGCACUAACACGGCCCUUAACAACAGACUAAUCAUUCUUCACUGUCGCUUUCUGCACUAACUCUACGGGGAGUUGACAGAAACCUUUGGUGUGUGUGUGUGUGUGUGUGUGUAUGUGCAUGUAAGAGAGAGAAAGUGUGUUUGUGUGUGUUUGUGCGUGCAUGUGUGUACACAUACACACACAUACCAACUUUUUAAUAUUCAAAAUAUGUCACUGAAAUUUUGAAUAUGAUCUUCUUAUGUCCUUUCUUUCUGUAGCCCUUUUUUCUUAACCAGUGAUGGCUGGUAAUGCUUGAAACAUUGCACUAUAUUUUAAAGCAGAAAAGGAACAAGCACUAUCAGAUCUGUUUUACAGUGAUCUGCCAUGUAUUUUGAUAAAUAGCAUAAAAAAACACUAUACAUUACAUCACAGCAUAAUGAGCCUUACAAAACAACAGAUAAAGAACAAAAUGUUUUUUUAAACAGUGCAAUGGGUUGUUUCUAUUUGCACAUUUUUGUGUGAUGUUUGGUCUUAACUUUUAACAACAAACAGUGGUGACACAUGAAGGUGCAGCAUCUCUUUGUAAAAUGAAAUAUGCAUGUGCUGCUUUCUGGGAAUUGUAGUUCAUUCAUGUGUCAACUGUCAUCAGUUCCAGCAACAAGUUUCUUUUUUUCUUUUUUCUUUUUUUUUUUUUGAAACAGGGUUGGUUUAAAUGUAGUUUUCCUUUCUUGGGACUGAUAAAAGUAAUCAAUUUUAAUUCCACUGAAAAUAAAAAAUAGGUAAAUAAUCCGAGUUUCAGAAGACUCAUGCCCUAAAAGAAAUGCUACCUCAGGUACUCCAUUUUCCAUUCCUUUAAGAAAAGCAUUCUACUGUUCAUUUAGGUUAAAGUUAUACAUGAGCAAAUAUGAAUGAGGUCAUUAAAAAAUUACACGGAAUAUGAUCCAUUCAUCAAAAUGACAAAUGCAUGUUACAAAAAAUGUACAUAUUUCCAAUGUGAGUAUGUUACCAAGUAUGUUACUCUGUCAAAAAUGUCUCAUCCAAGAAUUAAAACCCUAAUUGGGAAGGCUUGGCAAAGGAUUUUAGCUUCUACAUUUUUCUUUCAGAAUAUAGCCAAUUUGAAUAUUAAUAUUUUAGUUAUUGGUUUAAUAUUACAGCAGCAUAAUAUUCAAAAAUAAAGUGUGAAAAAGAAGCAGGACAAAAAACUAUGGGAUUUGUUGUAAAAGCUUCUUUCUUCUAUGCUUAAUGGUGUGAAACUUGUGAAAAUGCUUGCUAAUGUAAAAUGUACAAUUUACUCAAGUCUGUACAAACAUACUAAUUUGUAGAUGGUUCUAUUGUAAACGGCUGUUACAGGUACAUGUCUCUCCCCUGUCAUUACAGUAUAGUACAUUCCAUAGCCUACUCUACAUUUUACCUACUUAUGAAGGAAAUGAUUAAGAUGCAUUCUUCAAUUUUGAUUUAAUGUACUGUGCUUUGUUACCAUUGCGGACUAUGUGAUUAUACAGGUUCUAUGUUUCUGAAACAGUGAGAGUAAGGUGUCAGUAAGUGUGAAUGUGAACCCCACUGUGGUCUGCCACAUGACCUCUGACAGGAAGUGUAACUAUGAAAAAGUACUAUGAGUGUGUGUCAAUAUUGUCAAAAUGGUGCCUCCUUUCCCCCACUUGUCUCUUCCUAUCUGGAAAUAUGGGGGGAGGAAAUGAGUGCAGGAAAGAAGGAUACAUUUUUUAAGUAUUGGGACACACCCUAGAUGUGUACAAUGUAAAGAUGUUAUAAGUCAGGAAUAUUUUUUCUUUUUGUCUUUUAUGUUGUUGUUUUUUUAUUAUUGUUGUUGGUUUGACCACAAAAAAAUGCAACAAAAAAACAAAAAAAGAAACGUUAUUUUCAAAACUCUGAAAAUAUAUUUCGGCAUUGUUUCCAUGUGCAAAGUUUAAAAUACUGACAAGAAUUACUGAUAUACUAUCUGUUUUCUGUUCGGUAGAAGAAAUGUACAUGGCAUCUUGAUGUAUAUUCAUUAUUGCAUGGAUGAGAGAGAACUUUCUGCAGUAAUACAGGUGAUGUGUAGUCAUUUGUACUGACAAAAAUAUGGUAGGCAGUGUUUGCCCAUUUCCUUUUUUCUAACAGAAAAAAAAUCCAUGUUAUGUUGAUGAUAGCAUAGUAGUUGUAGUUGUUUAUUAGUCAAUUUUUUUAUGUCUAAAGUUAAAAUCAUGUAUAGUACCAAUUUUGUAACCUAAUAGUCAAUCAAUAUUUUCUACGAGUGCCAAGGGUUUCCUUGUGGUUCUAUUCACUUAGAUGGUAAACAUUUGUAGAGAAAAUCAUUAGUGCUGUGACUUGUAUGUUGACAGCUGUGGAUUACCACUGUCUAACCCAAAAUUACAGCGUCACAACAAACACAGCAAGACUGUGACAGCAUUGUUUUUUCCCAGCCUUUGAAUGUUUAAUAUCAAUUGAGCAAAACAUACUUUAUGCCAUUUAGACAAUUACAUAGUGGCUUACAUGGCCACAUUUUUGUUUAGUAAAAUAGUUUGAUGAUAAGCUGGUGCUAUUUAUUGCUAAAUAUGUUUCCACCCAGUGAAUAAUUGGGAAGACACUAUCAAGCCUCAAGACACUAUGGCCAUCCAGACGAUGAAUUAGGGUACCUCCAGGGUAGACUAAGAGCAGGAAAUUUACAUUAUUGGCUUCCAUAUACCAUGUGGUUAACAAAAACCCAGUACUUCACAACUUGCAAGCAUCUUGAGAAACGAGGACACCCUUGGACACUCCAGCAACCAACCAACUGUGUUUUUAUGAAAAUCAAAAUAAAUAACUGAAUACUUAAAA